CUGACGGCUAAACAACAGCAUGAACUGCAUCUACAGGAAAAGGAAAACAGCCCAUUUAUGCAAUUACAAUGAGUCAACAGGGCAUGCAAUGAAACAGGAAGGCACCCACUAGAAGAACUAUAAGUGAACUAGCCAUGGUAACGAAAGCCUUUACUUUGGCGGCCUCUACUGGAUCAACAUAGAACUACAGUGAUCAUAAUGAGGAGUCGCAGUAACUCGGGAGUACGACUUGAUGGUUAUGCCAGGCUGGUACAUGAGACGAUCCUAUGCCAUCAGAACCCAGUGACUGGCCUGCUUCCUGCCAGUUCUCAGCAGAAGGAUGCCUGGGUGCGGGAUAAUGUGUACAGCGUCAUGUCCGUGUGGGCGCUGGGAAUGGCCUAUCGUAAAAACGCUGACCGCGACGAGGACAAGGCCAAAGCGUAUGAGCUGGAGCAGAGUGUGGUGAAGCUGAUGCAAGGUCUCCUUCAGUGCAUGAUGCGGCAGGUGGCCAAAGUGGAGAAGUUCAAACAGACACAGAGCACAAAGGACUGUCUUCAUGCGAAAUACGACACUCCCACCUGCGCCACGGUGGUGGGCGAUGACCAGUGGGGGCACCUCCAGGUCGAUGCCACUUCCAUCUACCUGCUGACUCUGGCUCAGAUGACUGCCUCAGGUCUUCGGAUCAUUUCGAACCUGGAUGAAGUAGCUUUUAUUCAAAAUCUUGUCUUCUACAUUGAGGCUGCAUAUAAAGUAGCAGAUUUUGGGAUGUGGGAACGUGGGGACAAAACUAAUCAAGGCAUCGCUGAGCUGAAUGCCAGUUCUGUGGGAAUGGCCAAGGCUGCUCUUGAGGCCAUAGAUGAGCUGGAUCUCUUCGGUGCACACGGAGGACCCAAGUCUGUGAUCCAUGUUUUACCUGAUGAAGUCGAACACUGCCAGUCCAUCUUGUGCUCCAUGCUGCCGAGAGCCUCACCUUCAAAGGAGAUUGACGCUGGGCUUCUGUCGGUCAUUUCUUUUCCUGCUUUUGCUGUUGAAAACGCAGAGCUGGUAUCGAUUACAAAGUCAGAGAUCAUAAACAAAUUACAGGGACGUUAUGGCUGCUGUAGAUUUAUCAGAGAUGGGUAUCGCUGUCCCAAAGAGGAUCCCACACGGCUGCACUAUGACCCUGCUGAGCUCAAACUGUUUGAGAACAUCGAAUGUGAGUGGCCUCUUUUCUGGACCUACCUGAUCCUGGACGGGGUUUUUUCUGGAGAUCUUGGACAGGUGGAGGAGUACAGAGAAGCGUUAGAGGGCAUUUUGAUCAGACAGAAGAACGGCAUCAAACUGCUGCCUGAGCUGUACUCGGUGCCACAUGACAAGGUGGAGGAGGAAUACAGAAACCCUCACACAGUGGACCGUGUGUGUUUGGGGCAGCUGCCUCACAUGUGGGGCCAGUCCCUCUACAUCGUGGGCUCUCUGCUGGCCGAGGGUUUCUUGGCUCCAGGAGAGAUUGAUCCCCUCAACAGGAGAUUCUCUACAAACGUGAAACCAGAUGUUGUUGUACAAGUUUGUGUUUUGGCUGAGUCGGAGGAGAUCCAGGAGCUACUCAAUGACCUCGGGUUUAAUGUUCAGAAGAUGUCAGAUGUUCAGCCGAUUCGAGUUCUACCCGCACGAAUCCUCAGCCACAUCUACGUCCGCCUCGGGUACAGUAAAAAGCUGAAUUUAAGUGGGAGGCCUUACAGACACAUUGGAGUUUUGGGAACAUCCAAGUUUUACGAAAUCAGAGACCGGUCUUAUACAUUCACUCCACAGUUUUUGGAUCAGCACCAUUUCUACCUGGCUCUGGAUAACCAAAUGAUCGUCGAAAUGUUACGGACAGAAGUGGCAUAUUUGUCGUCGUGUUGGAGGAUGACCGGACGCCCCACUCUCACCUUCCCCAUCACACGCAGCAUGUUAGUUGACGAUGGAGAUGCCAUAGAUCCGUGUAUCAUCACAACUCUUCGUAAACUGCAGGACGGAUACUUCGCUGGAGCAAGAGUUCAGAUGUCAGACCUGUCCAGUUUUCAGACCACGUCAUUUCACACUCGCCUCAGUUUCCUCGAUGAAGACAACGAUGAUUUUGAGGAAGAAGCCGAUAAUGACGAGGAGUUAGGAGACACUUAUGACACCUAUAGCUCUUCAGAAAACACAGACGACAUCUUUAACCAGUACUUGACCCAGCUUCUCCACAGCACUUCUACAAAGAGCCACCUCCCUCCCAUCCAGAGGGGGCAGCACCAUGUCUUCAGUGCAGAACACACCACUAGGGACAUCCUGUCUCUGAUGGCCAAAGUCCAAGGCCUCAGCAUCCCUCAGGCCUCCAUGUACCUCCCUGUCACUCCUGCCAUGACCAACAGAAAACACAGAAAAACCCUGAACCUGCUGGAGGUGCCCCAUGUGCACCACGGACACCACAACAAACAGCAGAAGCCCCACAGUAUAGCCGACCUGCACCUGCCCCGGGACGCUCAGGGGAACACAGACUUCUCGGCUUUAGUCAAACAGUUGAAGGAAUGUCCGACUCUACAGGACCAGGCCGACAUCCUCUACAUUCUCUACAUGAUGAAAGGUCCAGACUGGAUGGUGGAGCUCUCUGGUCCUGGUCAGGGGGCUGUGAGCGUGCGGGUGCUGCUGGAGGAGCUUUAUGUUCAGGCUGGCGCCUCCAAAGAGUGGGGCCUCAUCAGAUACAUCUCUGGGAUGCUCCGGAAGAGAGUAGAAGUUUUGGCUGAGGCCUGCACAGACCUUAUCUCUCACCACAAACAGCUCACAGUUGGACUUCCCCCUGAGCCAAGAGAGAGAAUAAUCACUGUGCCCCUUCCUCCAGAGGAACUCAACAAUCUUAUUUAUGAAGCCAGUGGACAGGACAUUAGCAUUGCUGUGCUCACACAGGAGAUCAUGGUGUACUUGGCCAUGUACGUACGUGCUCAGCCCUCUCUGUUCGGGGACAUGUUGAGGCUCAGAAUUGGCCUCAUUAUGCAGGUGAUGGCCACAGAGCUCGCACGCAGCCUCCACUGCUCUGGUGAGGAGGCGUCUGAGAGCCUGAUGAGCCUCAGUCCUUUUGGGAUGAAGAGUUUGCUCCAUCACAUCCUCAGUGGGAAAGAGUUUGGGGUGGAACGCAGCGUGCGUCCAAUCCAAUCCACUGCCACCAGCCCGGCCAUCUCCAUCCGGGAAAUCGGCCACACUGGAGCCACCAAAACCGAGCGCUCCGGGAUCCACAAACUCAAGAGUGAAAUUAAACAGCUCGAUGGCUCUCGUCCGAUCAGUGUGCGUUAGGUUUGAUGACGUUUAGCAUGUGGUGAUUUUUACAGUUCAAAAUCCACCGAGCUGGAUUCAUAAAGUGUACAUAAUAUUCAUGAAUUUACUUUUAUGCAUUGUGACUUUUCAGUUUUUCAGGUGUUGAUCCAUUAUGGGAAACUACAUUUUAUUUUUCAAAAGUGGAAGUUAUAACAUUUAAAACUUAUGAGGAAUGCCAUUAGGUCACUUUUAUGCACUUAUAGGCCUAUACGCAUCUUUUCUGAAUAAAUUUGAGCACUGAUCCAUAAUUAAUACGGAGAUUUAACCUUGAUGUAACCUGAUAUGUGCCCCACUAUAAUGUAAAUUAAGAGGAAGAAUUUCUAAUUUUGAGCCCCUUUAAAGUUACUAUUAAACUAUUAAUUAAUUAUAAAUAAAAAUAUAGACAGUUCUGACUUGUAUUCAUGUUUUUGGAAAUAAUAAUAAUAAUCUAAAAAGUAGUAUAUCAUUUGUACUUCCUGUUUACAGUUAUUUGUGAAGGAGUACAGGUGACCUCAUGGCAACAUUGCUUGUGAUACAUCUAAAAUGUCAUUUGAACAGUAUUUGCCUUGUUUUCAGAUGGUGUACUUAAAUUUUUUAAACAUUUCUAACAGCAUUUUCAAAUUUCCUUUUUGAAACCGCCUUUUUUCAUCAAACCUUUUAAGUUAAGGUUUCAGUUGAAUCAUUUUGAGUAAAGUCUGUUUUCUCCAUCUGUGCAUAUAUGUUGUAUGUUGUUGUAUAUAUGUGUAUAGAUCAUCAGCGGGGGUCAUUCGUUGAGUAGCACUGUCACGUCUCCUCGGUCAACGGUAAAACAUCUCAUCUGCGUCUGAACCCGCUCCACUUGUCACUUUUCACUCAUGUUUAAUUCACACUGAACAAAAACACACUAAACUAUUAAAAAGGCUUGUAUGGGACUUGAUAAUAGUGUGUAGUUUUAGGUCAAUUUCUGAUCAAUAUAAACAUCCCAAGUCAAUUUAAACAUCUCAUAUUCAUAAUAGAAAAUCUCUCUCUAUAUAUACUACCAGUCAAAAGUUUUAGAACACCCUCAUUUUUUGAGUUAUUUAUUUCAAUUCAAGUCGUGCAAGUCCAGUGAAUAGCUUGACAUGGUACAAAGGUAAGAACUGAACAGCCAGAGAUUAAAACAGUGAUAAAAGAUAUAAAACACAAGUUCAAGCUCUUCCAAAACUACCUGAGGAAUGGAGUGUCCAGCACAGUCUUAAACCCCAUCGAGCUGGUUUUGGAUGAACUGAACUGAAGAGUGAAACCCAAGCAACCUUCUGCUUGGGAAGAACUUUAUGUAGAAUACUUGAUUUCCAUUGUAAAAAGGACGAGCCACGAGUGUGUUCAGCUGUUAUAUCUGCCAAAGAUGGACAUUUUCGUGAAUCAAAAAUUUUGAAUACGUUUUGGUCAACAGUUAACAGUAAAAAAACUAGUAAAAGUGUUCUAAAACUUUUGACCGGUAGUGUAUAUACAAAACAACUGUAUUACUCAGUAGCUGCCUUGAUUAACCAGUCUUAAUGAAUUUAAAAAUAAACUGAGCCUUUUCCUUUAGUGUGUGUUUGAACCUGAAGUCAUGCAUGACAUCACUGGGAACCAAUAAUUGCAUGACUUCUGUGGGAAAUGUCCUCAACCUUAUCUAUAUUUACCGCCCCCUUAUCGUAUAGUGAUGGUCACUGCACUAAGACACCUGUCAAGUCACAUGAACUUAUAUAGUAACUUGCAUGAUAUUAUAGCUCACCAAUCAACCACUUAUAAGAUUAGGUAUGUAUGUUGUUAUAUAAUUCUCUAAAUCACUAAGUAUUAACUUGCAAUUUUAACACGAUUUUUAUUAUUUAAUGCACUUAAGUAUAAAACUAAUAAAUAUUCUUGGUUAUAUUGUCUGCACCAAGCUCUGUUGUAAAGUCUAAGAUCUUAUUUAAUAAUUACUAGUAAUAAAACUAUAAUUCAGACUAAGUUAAAGAUGCCCUGUGCAACUUUUCCUGCUGUUGCCACUGAGAUGUUAUUGGCUUGUCUGGAAUGAGCCUCAGUAUACCUUUCUAUCUUGCAUCUGUUCAAUUACAGGAGAUUUUAUAGCUCAAAAAAGGUUUAAUGCCGUAUUUGAGAACAUUUCAGGUCAAGCAAUAACAUUUAAGUAGGUGCCAUAUCCUUUAGAAAAGUUACACAAUGCACCUUUAAAUAAGUUGUAUGUCUAUGAAUUUGUUUCUGAAGGAGACUUUGCAUUUUCCAGAUGCAUAUUAUUUGUCACUGGAUUGUUAACCCCGCCUAGCAAUAGUCUAACAAGAAAGAAAAUCAUUAUUCACUUGACACAUCCCCAACUAUUUAAUAUAAUAAUAUCUGCACAUAAUCAAAAUUGUUUAGUGGUGUAAUGUGUAACUGGUAUUAACGUCCCUUCACUCCUCCCUAAAUGUACAUAAGGUUGAGUUUAAUUUACAUAUUUUUUCCUGAACUUGUUUAAUACCCCUCUCUCUGUCUCUCUCU